AUGACGAAUCCCGGAUACAACUUCAAGAGUCUCUUUAAGGACGAGUUCUUCCCCGACAAUGAUGAAUUUGCUGAAGAGCUGGCGCGGGAUUGGAGCACAAAGAGCGGCGACUCUCUAUUCGUGCUUGAUGGACUUGACGAGGUAUCAAAGAUACUGGCAAAAGAGAGCAGGAUGAAAGACUUCAUCGAAGAGCUUCUACGACAGCCAAAUCUAAUCGUCACAUCGAGACCCUAUGCCAAUCAUUCAGCUGUCGCCAAUGUGCAUCUCGAAGCCGAAGUCAUGGGAUUCCAUCCUGAUCAGGUAGUAGCCUACCUCAAGGCUGACCCCGAAAUGACAGGGAGGGUGGACGAGUUCAUGUCUUUCAUCGACAGGCGUUGGAUCCUACGUGACUUGGUACAGGUUCCCAUACUGUUGGACGCACUUUGUUUUAUCUGGGACAACCCUCGUCGCAAGGGCAUACAUGACACCAUGGCUGGGAUAUAUAUUGCCAUUUGUCAGACUUUGUGGGAGAAGGAUCUACAAAAACUCCAACUCGAUGAUCCCGAGUCUCUGCCAUCCGAAAACCAGUCCAAAUUUCAACACGUGCAGACUAUUCUCGAACUUUUAGCAUUCAGUGGCCUGAGUCGCAAUCUCGCCGACUUCACAACCGACCACCGUGACGUGCUUGCUCGGCAUUUUCGCAGUCCAAAGGGUUUCCCGUUGGAUGCCACUUUGAGGUGCAUAUCCUUCAUGAGGUCAUCGGAUAGUCCGGAGCUAUCGAAUCGAAAUUACCACUUUCUACACCUCACUUUUCAGGAAUUCUUCGCGGCGCAGUAUUUCGUUCGGCGCUGGAUUGACUCCGUGGAACUAGAAUAUGUCUUCAACGAGGGUGAAUCAGACGCGGAAAAUUGUCCCGCUCAACCUUUCAAAUUCCUACAAAUAUACAAAUAUUCGCCCGACUAUGAUGUGUUCUGGCGUUUGGUUACCGGCCUGAUGGCGGCACGCUCAGCUGAUCAUCUUCGGCUUUUUUUUGCUGCGGUUGAACAGGAACCAUUGGAUUUAUUAGGCCCAGCACAUCAACGGCUGGUUAUGCAUUGCUUAGCUGAAGUUGAUGAGAAAUCAGAACUGCUUAUCCGACCCAAACUGGAAGCGAGACUUUAUCAGUGGAUGAUGUUUGAACGCGACAUAGAAGAUGGAGCAGGUGCCACAAUUCUGGCAGAACCGGGAUUUCCAGAGGCAUAUCUUUGUAAAGCCCUGGACUAUCAUUCCUUGCGGCGAACAAUGCACCUGCAGAGACUGGAUUCUAGAAUCCUGUGGAUUCUGUUCGUUCUGAAGAGGAACAAGCGCCCGCUUUCCGAGAAAGUCGAGGCUCGAAUCUUUGAACUAUUGAUAGAAGAGAAAUUCCGGGAUGAAGCUGCAAUCACCCUAAAGUGUCUUCCAAGCCUUUCGAUGAUCACUCUGCGUGGAAUAAUGAAGCUGCUCAUGGAUAAAUUGAAGGACCAGGGAUUGCGCAAUGCAGCCGCAGAUGUUUUACGAGGACAUGCUAGUCUCCCCGAAGAGAUAGUGAAUGAUUUGAUUGCAUUACGUCGGAACGAGGAUGAACAUCUCUGGGCCCUCGCCGCGUUUGCCUCUGGGGAUUAUGUCUUUGAUCUAACAAAAGAAUCGGCAUGCCUUGUGUCGCUGCUACUCGGGGACUAUGUUGGUGAGGGCCAGGACUGGGCUAUAAGGGGUCUAUACCUGACAAUGACGCCAUCUGAAAAGACAGAGUCAACUCUUGUACGGUUGAUGAAGGAGCACCAGAGCUCGGAAGCUCGGGAAUCUUCUGCGAUUUUGCUUGGGAAAAUCCCUCGGCUUUUCCCAGCGACCCUGGCAGUACUUGUACAGGUUCUCUCAGACUGCCAUGACGCGAGGACUACGUGCCUCGUCAUUUCCCUCCUACAUCAGCAAAGACAGAAAUUCCCAGAGUCAAGUCAGGAAGCAUUAGCAAGCCUAUUCUUACGCAUGCCUGACCUGCGCUUUGAUAUCGCUUAUAUUUUGAGAGAGCAGCACAGUCUUCCGACGGAAGUGUCCAUGACGCUAAUGUGCGUGCUCGAAAACGAAGAAAAUGACGCGGGGUAUCGGCAUCUUGCCAUUGAAGCGCUCAAUGGAAGCAUCGAUUGCCUUCCACAUCCGGUAGUCAUCGUUCUAACAAAUCUGGUAGCAAAUGACAGCCACAGUGACGUUCUCCGCAGUAGUGCUGCCGCCCUUCUUCGCUAUCAAUCUACUUCGCCUGCUGACACGGAGACUUUGGAAAGACUACUGCGCGAUAAAAGUUCUUGCGUUCGGAGCUUCGCUUUGAAGACCCUGUCGUAUCGCGAUCCGGGCCUGCUUACAACCUCGAGUCUCUGUGGUGUCCUAGAACGUCAACUGCCACACUUUGAGGUGGACGGGUGGACUACGGAGUCUGCCCAGGCCGUAGAGGCCUUUGAGGCUCUCGAGGCUUUACAAGGCCGCAGUGAUCUUCUACCGAGUGACGAAAUGGUACUCUUGCGGUUCAUGAGCAUCGCCCGUGCUUUAGCUCACGAGCCCCGCCCAAAAGAAGAGCAUCUCGGACCGCGAAUUUGGUUGGAACCGUUUGUGAGUCCUUUGGUCAUGGCGGUCGUGGCCGCGACGAUCCUGGCAAGACAACCGCAACUUUCAGAGGCGACGAAGGAGUCAUUGCUGCGCUCACUAAGCACGGCAGAUAACAAGAGGGUGUUCCGAUUUCUGUCGGCUGCCCUCUUUGGGCACCAAAAACAGACGAUGCUCCCUCCGAUGACCGACGACCUUGUCCGAAGUGCCAUCUUGACACCAGGCUUUUUGGACAGGAUACUCAAGUCGUUUGGGUGGCGUCUCACCUCUGAGCCGCAAUCCAAGUCGGCACCAAAUACGUCAAUCUAUGUAGACCUCAUUUUCGCUCUCCACAGUGGCCUUGUGCUUCGCAGCUGCUUUGAACGAGUCACGUUGUGCAUUGAUGGUAAUCUUUGCAUCAUUGAUCAGUCUCAAGGGCGCCGAAGCCUUUACUUCAGUGAUGGUGAAAUCGACCGUCUGAGACACGGCAUUGGUGUCUUUAAUAAGCACUAUGGAAUUUUCUCUGACUCUGAUGAGUGA